AUGUCCAAUUCACAGACUUCCGAGAAUUGUGAUGGGAGCUAUGACACAGACGUAGCCGACGAAGAAAAUUGCUCUUCGCAGGUCUUGGGCGGCGGAAUUGACGAAAUGGCGGCCCAACCCAUCUUGUCCAGCUUAAUGGGCGAAUAUGACAGUAGUCGCGCAUCGUACUUGGAUACCGCAUUCAGCUCCUGGCACACCAGCACCCUCACCGGCCCAGCAGAACAGGUUGCGUGGACUGACGACGUACGGUCGGCCGAGCAGCAAGAUGAUCAAUUCCGCAUGUUGAUACCGCAUGAUGACGGCAACCCAAGGCCGGGAUGCCACGAUGAACCGCGACGCCUCACCUCCAAUCCGGCAGGCAUGGAUAUGGUAGAGCGCGUCGCCUGCAUUCCAAGAUAUCUGGGAACCAUGGGUUUCGACAACUUUGAUGAGCUUCUGUGCACAUACUACCCUUAA